AUGGCUUUGGCUAUGGAAAUGUUACCUCACAAGAUUGAAAUUGCUGUUUUUCUCUUGGCUUUUAUGCCUGACUAUGUCAACACUCCUUCUUUCAUUUUUGAUCAGUUUGUUGCACAUUUUCCUGAUGAAAAUUUUUGGUUGGACACGGAAUUCAAGAACACUGGUGAUCCAAAGGAGAUCCUCACGACAAUGUUAUUUGGUCCACAAUUCAUCGCAAAGCUCUCUCACUUGCCCUCCCUUGAGGACUACGAGCUUACUUUGUUGUUGAAAAGGCCAUCGUCAUUGUUCCUUCAUGAUGCAUGGAAGCCCGAGGCGAAGCUUUCAAAAGAAAGGUAUGGAUCAGUAAGGAUUGCUUAUGUAAUAUAA